AUGAACGUCAACGUCGAUCUGUCCUUCCUCCUGCAAGUGCAGACGAUUAUCGCCUUCUUCGGGGCUCUCGACUUUUGCCCCCUCUACAAUGUGCCCCUGUUCCUCUACCGGGACUCGACCGACCCGCUCAAGUCCUUCACGACGCUGCUCGUCCUCUCCGUCUUGCUGGACAGCGUGUGGUUCAUGCUGCAUUGGGGCGACUUCCCCCGUGGCUCGUACUCGUUUGUGCUGUUUUUGAAUGUCCUGAACCUUCUCGGCAAGCCCUUGUCGAUUGUCUGGGCUCUCGACUACCUCAAGACACGCGGCGGCGACCUUCGGUGGCCUGGUGUCGGCAACCUCAACCCUGGAGUGAUACUCGGCCAGUCCAGCAACGAAAACAGCUCCUCGGGUGCCUACGAGCGAAUCUGA